GCAACAAGUGUUUGUUAUACACUCGUCGAGUUGGGCGAAGCAAGCAGCUAUAAAAGCUUUCUACAUUUAUAAAUGUGCAUGUUCUAUAGUGAAAACGUGUUUUUUUGAACGUAAUAUUGUGUUAUUUAGUUAUACCGUUUAAGUGGAACUUUCGUUGCAAAAAAUGGUCAUUCAACAGGGAUUACUCAAGUUGAAAAUACACGAUACCAUUUACACAGUUGGAAACGAUGUACCACCAGAAACCUCAUUGAAUGAAUACAUAAGGAACUAUGCUAACCUCAAAGGUACCAAAUUCAUGUGUUUAGAAGGAGGCUGCGGAGCUUGCAUAGUUGCCAUAAAGAGACCCAAUCUGAUAACCGGUAAAGAGGAGAUAAUCGCAGUGAAUUCGUGUCUAGUGCCAAUUUUUAGUUGCUAUGGAUGGAGUAUAAUCACAGUCGAAGGCAUAGGAAACAGAAGAAAUGGAUACCACAAGGUGCAAUCCACUCUGGCCGGAUUUAGUGGCACUCAAUGCGGCUAUUGUACUCCUGGCAUGGUCAUGAAUAUGUUCAGCUUACUCAACGGUGAUAGCAAAAUCACCAUGAGCGAUGUUGAGAAUUCCUUCGGAGGUAACAUAUGUCGAUGUACAGGAUACAGGCCUAUUUUGGACGCUUUCAAGUCUCUAGCCAGUGAUGCUACUCCCGAGCUGAAGAAAACUUGCACCGAUAUCGAAGAUAUCAUGUCCCAGAUGAAGAUCUGUUCCAAGACCCAGCAACCUUGCGAAAACUUGUGCAAAACUAAUGGUUCGAAUGGAUUCGAUGAUGAUGGUGAUUUGUGUGAUUCUGAUAAAGAUACUCAAAUACCAGAUGUUUCGUUUUCCAUGCAACUUCAGGGAUCUAGAUGGUUCAGAGUUAAAUCGAUUCAAGAAAUUUACGAUGUUUUUGAAAUGGUUCAAGAUAACACCAAGUAUAUGCUUGUCGGAGGCAAUACAGCUCAUGGAGUCUACAGAUCAGAGCCUCAAGACAUCUACAUCGACAUAAACGGAGUCAAAGACCUGCACACCUACACAUUGAACUCCGAUAAGCUCGUCUUAGGAGCGAACAUGACUCUCAACAAGACCAUAGAGGUAUUGAACAAAGUAGCCGCAGAAACCCCAAAUAAAUUCGGCUACCUCAAGCAAAUGGCCAGUCACAUUGAUCUAAUCGCCAACGUACCAGUCAGAAACGUGGGAACCUUAGCUGGUAACCUAUCAAUUAAAUAUUUCCAUCGUGAAUUUCCGUCUGACUUGUUUCUAAUGCUGGAGACAGUCGACGCUCAAUUAACCAUAGGUCAUAUGAGUGGAAUGGUGUACUCGUAUCCGUUAGCACAGUAUUUUGUAUUGGAUAUGCGACGCAGAGUCAUAUUAAAUAUUACACUUCCGGCAUUGGAUUCGUCUACUUACGUAUAUAGUUCGUAUAAGAUCAUGCAAAGAGCUCAGAAUACACACGCAUACGUCAACGCCGGUUUCCUCGUCAAAGUAGACAAGAAUGCUUAUUACAGAGUACUCGAUUCACCCAGUAUAGUUUUCGGUGGAAUAAGCCCCCAAUUUGUACAUGCCACGAACACCGAAAAUUACAUCAAAGGCAAAAAUUUACUAGAAGUUAAUACACUAAAGGAAGCAUGCAGAAUAUUAAAAUCUGAACUCAAGACUGAUAAUGAUCCUCUCGAAGCAGCACCUGAGUAUCGAGUCUCGUUAGCUGUGAAUUUAUUCUACAAGUUCAUCCUCAGCUUGAGUCCAAACACCAUCGACAGCAAAUACCGCAGCGGAGGCUCCUUAUUGACUAGGCCACUUUCAUCGGGCAAGCAAGAUUUCCAAACUGAUAAAUCCAAAUGGCCUGUAACCAAACCGAUGCCAAAAUUAGAGGCAUUUGCACAAUGCUCAGGGGAAGCUGAGUAUGUUAAUGAUAUUCCGGUACAAGUUAAUGAAUUAUAUGGAGCUUUUGUAGUAUCCAAAAAAGGACCAGGAAAAUUGACCAGCAUCGAUACAAGUGCUAUAAGAAAUAUACCAGGUGUUGUGAAGUUCGUAUCAGCGAAAGAUAUUCCGGGUAAAAACACCUUCGUAGAAGUGUACAAAGUCGAAGAUGAACAGCUCUUCGCCGAUAAAGAAAUCCUCUACGCUGGUCAACCAGUCGGCGUGGUCGUCGCAAAAACCCAAAUUCUCGCCAACAAAGCCGCCGAUAAGGUGAUCGUAAACGUCGAACAAACUCGCAAACCAGUCCUAGACUUCAAAGCAGUCGUCGACUCCGGUGAUAAAAACAGAAUAACCGUACAAGCCGAAAAACAAGCCACCACCGAGAAAAAAGACGUAAAGUACAAGUUCAAUGGCUCGUUGCUCAUGGGAGGUCAAUACCACUUCACAAUGGAAACCCAAACCUGCUACUGUGUCCCAACUGAAGACGGAAUGGACAUGUAUCCAGCUACUCAAUGGAUCACUGGAGUUCAACAAAAUGCUGCUGUAGCUUUAAACUUGCCAGAGAACAGCAUCAACGUGAGCGUUAAAAGAUGUGGAGGAGGGUAUGGUUCGAAACUGGGACGAUCUGCAUUGGUAUCGACAGCUUGUGCAGUAGCAGCUCAUAAAAUGAAAGUGCCAGUUCGAAUGGUUGUCAAAUUAGAAACCAAUAUGGAAGCAGUUGGCAAAAGGUUCCCGAUGUAUGGCAAAUACGAGGUGGCCGUCAACGAGAAAGGCAAAAUACAACGCUUGAUCAUUGAUACAUAUACCGAUAAGGGUGUCACUUUGAACGAACCUCUCCUCGAUGGACUCGUGUCGCAUAUUCAAAAUUGCUACGAUGCGACCACUUGGAAAAUCACUGCGUACGAUGUGAGAACAGAUUACACCACAAAUACGUACGCCAGAGCACCUGGUAGCACAGAAGGAGUAGCACUGAUCGAAUGCAUCAUGAAUCAUAUCGCCAGCGUAACUAAUCUCGAUCCGACCGCCGUAAGAUUGGCUAAUCUCAAUAUGGAACUUUCUUCAUCCAUACCACCGAUGAUAGAUGAUAUAAAACAAACCUCAGAUUUGAUGAAUCGCUUAAAAUCUGUUGAAGAUUUCAACAAGGCCAAUCGAUGGAAAAAACGAGGCAUUUCUCUUGUAACCAUGACCUAUCCUUAUGUAGUUCCUGUGCCUUAUCACAUCCUGAUGUCAGUUUACAUGUACGAUGGAUCUGUAGCCAUAAGUCACGGUGGCAUUGAGAUAGGUCAAGGCAUAAAUACAAAAGUCGUUCAAGCCGUUGCUUAUACAUUGGGCAUAGAUGUGACAUUGAUUAAAAUCAAACCUUCCAUGGCUCUUACAAGUCCAAACGAUGGCCCUACUGGAGGAAGUUUCGGUAGUGAUGGAGUUACUUUUGCUGCCUUAGAAUGCUGUAAAAUACUGCUCAGCCGACUCGAGCCCAUAAAACAAAAAAAUCCCGGUAAAUCGUGGCCUGAAAUAAUAGCAGCAGCUGCAGCUGAGAAUGUCGACUUGAUGUGCGAAUACAUGUAUUCCCCAACGGCCACUAACAUUAAUUACAACAUUUUCGGAGUCGCUGUUUCCGAAGUCGAGGUCGAUUUACUAACUGGACAAUAUUUGAUAAGCAGAGUUGAUUUAUUGGAAGAUGUAGGACAGAGUAUAAGUCCUGAUGUGGACAUUGGUCAAGUUGAAGGCGCCUUCAUCAUGGGAAUGGGGUAUUGGCUCAGCGAAAAAUUGAUUUACGAUCAGAAUAGUGGAGCUUUGCUGACUAAUCGAAGUUGGAACUAUACACCCCCUGGAGCGAAAGAUAUCCCAGCUGAUUUUAGAGUUUACUUUAGAAGAAACGCUCCAAAUUCAAAAGGUGUUCUCAGAUCAAAAGCUACUGGAGAGCCACCACUCUGCUUGAGUAUAGGAACAGUAUUCGCAAUCCGCAAUGCAUUGCUUUCCGGUAGAAAGGAUGCAGGAUCUAAGGAUGACUGGUUCCAAAUAAAUCUACCUUAUACGCCAGAGAAUGUAUUGCUCAGCUCGAUGACGUCACUGGAUCAAUUCGCUUUAUAAUAUUAUUUUUUCUCGUUUAUAAAAUGUAGCCAAAAUAUAGAUUUUUAGUUCCUAAUAAAAUUUUCAAAUGCGUGUUGAUUAA